UGGGUGACGGAGUGAGACUCCGUCUCAAAAAAAAGUUCAGCCCCUAUCCUGUACAGAUGAGAAAACAGACCUGGAGGAAACCCAAGUCUAUCAACAGCAGAGACCACAACCCAUGUCAGUGCAAAGAAGCCAAGUAUUGUACUACCCUAUUGGGAUCCAGCUCACAUUGAGCCAGUUUUGUUUUUCGAGCUGUUAGGCAAGUGCCUUCUGUCGAAGAGAAGCUUUACUCAAUUCUGCAGGGCAGCCCCCUUCCUAUUUUCAGUGGUAGAAAAGAUGAGACCUGGGGAUCCACACUUGAGGCUGUAGAUUGGUGCUGGCAGCCCUGCUUCUGCAACUGAGUCUCAGCCCUAGUCUUGACCUUGUUCUUUUUCUCUACCAGAAGCUUUUUCUCUUUCUAACCCUCCCUCCCAAUAUACCCACUUCAUACUAUCCAUUGUUCAUACACUUCUCUACCUUUAUUCCUCUUCUCAUACUCCUCCCUUCGCCAGAGUGUCUUUCUCCACCAUCUUCACCUGAGUUCAAUUCAUCCUUCAAGGUCCCAGCUCAAAUUCCACCUUCACCAAAGAGCUUCCCAGUUUUCUCCAGUAAAAAAUAGUCUCCCUUCCUUGUGUUCCCAAAGGGGAAGGAAGGAAAAAGGAUAAACAAGCAUUAAGCACUUGAUCCAUUUUAAGCACUUGCAUAUGUCACUUGUAUGAGGUAGGUAUUGCCAUUUUACUUAAAAGAGUUGGAGAGGGUAAGCUGUCUGUUAAAGGUCAAGGUCAUAUAACUAGUAAGUGGUGUUUCUGGGGAUUUGAACUCAGUCUAACUUAAGAAUAUAACUUUACAGCCUACCACAUUUGGUCUCCUAUUACAUUUUUGUCAAUUUACUCCUCUAGCAUGCUGUUUUGCAAAUAGCGUUUUAGUUAAAUGUUUGUGACAUUGACUUCUCUUGCUUCCUUACUCUGUUUCUCCAGGAUUUGUGGCAGGAGUCUCCCUGCCUUAAUCAUAAAGGAAUUGAGUAAAUUGGGGGUGGAGCUGGGCAGGUAGAGAGCCUGAAAGAGUGUGCCUCCUGACGUGGGCUCCCUGGAGAUAAGUAAAGCCUGCCAGCCUGACAAGUCCAUUGCCAGGGAUAUUGUAGAGAUUUCCAACGCUCUAGAAAGGAUAUUGCUCUAUAUUCACAGACUCUUAGAAUGUUAGAACUGGAAGGGGAUUAAGAAGUCACCUAGCUUACUGGUUUUCAAACAUGCAGUUGUGGGCCCCGUUGUUAAAAAUGGGUCUUUUGAGAAGUACAUACUUAAAAAAAGUUGAAGAGAGAAGCAGCUGUAGUAAUGCUGCCCCUCUCAUCCCCACACACAAAUAUCUGAAAAAUCCCUAGAACUGAGGAGCUGAGUUUGGAAAGUCAAUAGUGUAAUCUCCCUCGUUUUACAGAUGCAGAGCUUUAAGAUCAAGUCCAGUCAUGACAAAGGCUGCACAGCCCGUUAGUUUGGGAGCCAAUACCUAAUGUCUUCUGAGGUUCUAAUUCCAAUGCUUUCUGUGGAAGAAUCAUACAUACGCAGUAUUUCUUAAGUGGCUGCGGCAAAGCACUGAAAUAGUUGCUAUGAGGACGACAAAUAUGAACGACCCCAGUUUUACCCACUCAUGAGCUCACAGUUGAGGCCAAUGAAGAACCUAGAGACAAAACACGCACUUAACUAUAACUUAUAGUUCCCUAACUACGAUUGCUGAGACAAAGAUCGUAGUUGUGGCCAGUUAUGCGGGGAGGGUGGGCUGAACAAUGAGACUACCGGAUUGAGAGAGGCCCGGGCCUCGCGGGGAGAGAAGGGGCAGGAGGAGGCAGAGGGUCGAACUCAGGUGAGAAAUAUGGCUGGCGGGCCCCACACCAGGGUCCGGCAUAGUCCAGCUGGAAAAGGGGGUCGCUCACAGAGUGGGUGGCCGAGUUAGGCCGCUCUCCACGGGUAUUCAUGGCUCGGUCCACCCCCAUUCCUAUCCUGGCUGCGUAAUCCAAAGGACGCUGGGAGGAAGGGGCGGGACUUGUGGCGGAAGAUCCUAGGCCAGCCUGUCACGUGGGAGGGAGGCUCCGCGCCCAGCUCGCGCUCAGGAAGCAUGGCACUCUGGCGGGCAUACCAGCGGGCCCUGGCUGCUCACCCGUGGAAAGUACAGGUCCUGACAGCUGAUUUCUGGGGAGGAAGGCAGCACUGCUGGCCCUGUGCCAGUAGCUAUACCUGCCGACCCAGGCCUCCUGGACUGAAGGACACGCUUCCUGCUCCUCAUUCCAAGAAGCCACUUCUUGCCCCUCUGCCUUCUGCACAUGAAACUCAAAAGCCACAAAAGGUCCCUGAUGGGCCUGGGUGACAUUAUCUCACAGCAGCUGGUGGAGAGGCGGGGUCUGCAGGAACACCAGAGAGGCCGGACUCUGACCAUGGUGUCCCUGGGCUGUGGCUUUGUGGGCCCUGUGGUAGGAGGCUGGUACAAGGUUUUGGAUCGGUUCAUCCCUGGCACCACCAAGGUGGAUGCACUGAAGAAGAUGUUGUUGGAUCAGGGGGGCUUUGCCCCAUGUUUUCUAGGCUGCUUUCUCCCACUGGUAGGGGCACUUAAUGGACUGUCAGCCCAGGACAACUGGGCCAAACUACAGCGGGAUUAUCCUGAUGCCCUUAUCACCAACUACUAUCUAUGGCCUGCUGUGCAGUUAGCCAACUUCUACCUGGUCCCCCUUCAUUACAGGUUGGCCGUUGUCCAAUGUGUUGCUGUUAUCUGGAACUCCUACCUGUCCUGGAAGGCACAUCGGCUCUAAGCCUGCCUCACUCCAUCGUUUCCACCUUGCAGUGAUGCAGCUUGACCCUGGAACGGUCAGACAACCUCCUCAAAGUGGGCACACCAGUUUCCAUGGGUUUGGGUUGCCGGUCAGAGCUUAAGAGGACUAGCACCCUGCAAUGCCCCUCUUCACUCUAAAAUGUACACUGACUGCUUUAGAGCCCUUGAUAAUAGUCUUAUUCCCACCACAUACUAGGCACUCCAUAAAUAUCUGUUGAACCUUCAUGACCUUAUCAACUCUACACCCAUAUCCCAGCAAAUGCCACUCAUCCCCACUCUUCAUAGACACAUUUGUUACUCUAACCCUGUCUAGCCUUCUUGUAGCUCCAGCUCUUUAGAGACUCCUGGAACCCUUUAUGUGGUGCCUCAGUAAAUAUGUUAUUAAAUGUGUAAUCUGGAA